AUGGAGGAGGUACACGGGGUGCUCGGCAAAAAGCAAGGGUUGCCCUGCGACAUCAGACCUCGCGACAGGGACGACGCCGUUGCCAUGGUGUUGUGGUUUAAGGAGACUAUCGGCGAGCCUUUGUACAGGGUUUCAGUAAUAUCUAUCAGGAAAACCACUCCGACAAUCUACGCUCAAAUAAUAGCCAAACAGAAAUGUUCAUUGAUGAAAACAUGA